AUGCCCGCUGCCAUGCAGCCUCAACUCCCCAAGCUGCUCUUGCUCUCCGUAGCGCUUCUCGUCCCUCUCCUGCUCUCCGCGCGUCAUCACGUAGCGGCGUGUGCGGGCGCGGAGCGUCGCGUGCUGGUGGAGAAUGCGACGGCGUCGCAGGUGCAUGACGAGGUCCUGCGACUCAAGGAGACGCUCGCACGCGUGUCGCAGUACUCGCUGGCCCUCGCCGGCAUCCACGCCAUCUGGAACGAUCCGGCCGUCGACUUCCGCGUGUUGCUCGACACGACGCUCCUAAUUCCCACCGACUCCGCGCUUCUCUCCGCGGAGAUCAAUACCAGCAACGUCACCUACGCUGACGUCGAGGCGGUGCUUCAAAUGCACGUCAUGCCGCGCCGCCGGGCGUACAGCAAGGUUGAGUGCGGUGAGCCCAUGCCGUUCCUGCUCACGCCCGCUAACUGGACCUGGCCGACGCUCGGCGGGGUGCCUCUAACGAGGAUAGUUCCGCCGAGCGAUUGUGUCAAGCUCUCCCCGACGUUUGCAUCGAGCGAUUACUACGCAGCUGAGAUGGUUAAUCCGAGUCUGUUUGUAGGGAAGUAUUUCACAGCACACGGCGUGGAUAAGGUGCUCCAGCAGCCGUACUACUGA